AGAUCCACUGCUGCUGAGGAGAGGAGCGUCAACAGCAGCACCAUGGCUCAACAGAAGAACCUUGAAGGCUACGUGGGAUUUGCAAAUCUCCCAAAUCAAGUAUACAGAAAAUCAGUGAAGAGAGGGUUUGAAUUCACACUUAUGGUAGUAGGUGAAUCUGGACUGGGAAAGUCGACAUUAAUCAACUCAUUAUUCCUCACAGAUUUGUAUUCUCCAGAGUAUCCUGGUGCUUCCCAUAGGAUAAAAAAAACUGUACAGGUGGAACAAUCCAAAGUUUUAAUCAAAGAAGGUGGAGUGCAGUUACUGCUCACAAUAGUUGAUACUCCGGGAUUUGGAGAUGCAGUGGAUAAUAGUAAUUGCUGGCAGCCUGUUAUCGAUUACAUUGAUAGUAAGUUUGAGGACUACCUAAAUGCAGAAUCUCGAGUGAAUAGAUGACAGAUGCCUGACAACAGAGUACAGUGUUGUUUAUACUUCAUUGCUCCUUCAGGACAUGGACUUAAACCACUGGAUAUUGAGUUUAUGAAGCGCUUACAUGAAAAAGUGAAUAUCAUCCCACUUAUUGCCAAAGCAGACACACGCACACAAGAGGAAUGCCAACAGUUUAAAAAACAGAUAAUGAAAGAAAUCCAAGAGCACAAAAUUAAAAUAUAUGAAUUUCCAGAAACAGAUGAUGAAGAAGAAAAUAAGCUUGUUAAAAAGAUAAAGGACCGUUUACCUCUUGCUGUGGUAGGUAGUAAUACUAUCAUUGAAGUUAAUGGCAAAAGGGUCAGAGGAAGGCAGUAUCCUUGGGGUGUUGCUGAAGUUGAAAAUGAACAUUGUGACUUUACAAUUCUAAGAAAUAUGUUGAUAAGAACACACAUGCAGGACUUGAAAGACGUCACCAAUAAUGUGCACUAUGAGAACUACAGAAGCAGAAAACUAGCAGCUGUGACUUAUCAUGGGGUUGAUAACAACAAGAAUAAAGGACAGCUUACAAAGAGCCCUCUGGCACAAAUGGAAGAGGAAAGGAGGGAGCAUGUUGCCAAGAUGAAGAAGAUGGAGAUGAAGAUGGAGCAAGUAUUUGAGAUGAAGGUCAAAGAGAAGGUUCAGAAACUGAAGGACUCUGAAGCUGAGCUCCAGCGGCGUCAUGAGCAAAUGAAAAAGAAUUUGGAAGCACAGCACAAAGAAUUGGAGGAAAAGCGACGUCAGUUUGAGGAUGAGAAAGCAAACUGGGAAGCUCAACAACGUAUAUCAGAACAACAGAACUCUUCCAGAACCUUGGAAAAGAACAAGAAGAAAGGGAAGAUCUUUUAAACCCUCUAUAGACCACCAGUUACGUAUUAGUUGCCAAUAUGCCAGCUUGGACAUCAGUGUUUGUUGGAUCCGUUUGACCAAUUUGCACCAGUUUUAUCCAUAAUGAUGGAUUUAACAGCAUGACAAAAAUUAUUUUUUUGUUGUUCUUGAUGGAGAUUAAGAUGCCUUGAAUUGUCUAGGUUUAUUGUGUACUUAGAAAGUAACAACUCUAAGUACCUUUCCUACUUUUCUUUUUUUUAUUAAACAGAUGUUUCAAUUUAAUGCAAGAGAACAUAUUACUGUUGUACAAUCAUGUUCUGGUGGUUUGAUUGUUUACAGGCUAUUCCAAAAUAAAGGACUCUGGAAGGUU